AUGCUGGAGGGGGGUGAGCCGAGGGCGGGAGAGGGGGGGGCCGGGGGGUACAUGAUGGAAUCUAGCGGUAGUCGUUUGUACGGCCGGAAAGUCAGUUGCAAGAGAGAAGAGAUGGCAGAGACGGAGAUGAAUUUGGCUGUGUGCCCAAUAACAGACGGCCAAUUCAUCGGCCAUUACCCAAACGAGAAAGGCCUCAUCACCCUCUGCAAGAAGCCCAAGUACUGCAUACGAAGGCAAAGCCAACAGAGCAGCAGCCAUUUCCCAGCUGUCAUGCUGGGCAGUGGACGAGAGUGUUGUAUUGUUCUGGAACGGGAACCUUUACAGGCAGCGUUUCGAUGA